AUGAAUAAUAAGGUGGUUAUGAAAGGCAAAAGAAGUAGAGGGCUGUAUUUUCUUGAAGCAAAGACUGUAAUUGGAAACGCUGAAAUUAGUACUAAGGAUGAUUCAGACCUAUGGCACAGAAGGUUAGGACAUGUGGGGGAGAAAUCUCUGCAAGAGCUUCAGAAACAAGGUGCUUUAAAGAACUCUACUGCAAUAAAAAUCAGCACCUGUGAUGACUGCAUUCUGGGUAAGAGUCAAUAUCUUCCUUAUGGUAAAAGCAACUACAGUGCAAGCAAACCUUUAGAGUAUAUUCAUGCAGAUUUAUGGGGGCCAUCUAGGACUGAUAACAUGGGAGGAGAAAGGUGGUUUCUGAGUAUCAUUGAUGAUUACUCAAGAAAAUUAUGA